UUUUCUGUGGCACUUAGCAUUCGACUAACUUGACAAAAACAAGAAACGAGUAAUUUACGUAACACAUCCUUUGAUGGAUUUGUUAGAAGUUGUUUUAACAACAAUUUUUUCCUAAUGAUUAACGAAAAUAUUAAGGUAAAAGCUGUGGCUGUUUAAGUCUUUGUCGCUGGCUUUCUAGCUAACCUUAGCUAGUUAUGUUCAAUUUGCCAGGCACUUCGAGCUGUCAACAAAGCGAGUAGCCUACGUACAAAAUUGUCAAGGUUUUUAAAUAUUACUGCGAACUUUUGCGCCGGAGUAUCCAUUUGAAGCUCGAAGGAACCUAUCGAAUCAUCAUGAAUUGCCGUUCCGAAGUUCUAGAGGUGUCUGUGGAGGGACGACAGGUCGAUGAGGCAAUGCUGGCGUUAUUGCACACCAUUCUUCUGCAUCGCAGUACUGGCAAAUUUCACUACAAGAAAGAGGGCACAUACUCCAUUGGCACAGUGGGCACACAAGAUAUAGAUUGCGACUUCAUCGAUUUCACAUUCGUGCGAGUAUCUUCAGACGAGCUCGAUCGAGUCAUCAGAAAAGCAGUUGGUGAAUUUAAGGACGCGCUGUGCAACUCCGGGAAUGAUGGAGUGGGCCAGAUUUCUCUUGAGUUCUAUCAGAAAAAGAAGUCGCGCUGGCCGUUUUCUGAUGAGUGCAUUCCAUGGGAGGUUUGGAGUAUCAAGGUCAACGUGGUGAAUUUGGCCAAUGAACAAGAGCGACAGAUCUGCCGCGAAAAAGUGGGCGAAAAGCUGGGCGAGAAGGUUAUCAAUAUCGUGGAGGUGAUCAAUCGUCACGAGUACCUUCCGAAAAUGCCCACCCAAUCUGAAGUGGACAACGUGUUUGACACCAGUUUGAAAGACGUUCAACCCUACUUGUAUAAAAUCACUUACCAGAUUACAGAUUCCCUCGGAACGUCGGUAAGCACAACGAUGAGGAGGCUCAUCAAAGACACACUGGCAUUAUGAAAGGAUUUUGCAGUUGUACGGUACAUGAAGUAAAGUGAGGUUCAUGAAUGUUUCAACAUGAUUCUGGUUGGAAAAAACAGCUGUUUUCAGCUUGUCUAAAUAGGCCUAAUGCUCAAUACCUACUUUGAUUAUGCCUGCUGUGUUUGAUUUUGUGGUCUUUGUAAAGACUUGCUGAGAGGGCAAGUACCUCUGUGUACUAAUUCUGAGCAAAUGUUGAUUUUUUCUGUCUCUUGUAGUUAUAUUAGGUGUCACCCUGCAUACAUAAAUCUUGUAUGGAAAG